GGCAAUCCUCCAUUCACAACAAUCCUCCAUAGUUGACGCAGGGCAUCGAUUUGAUUAGAAUUUCAUCUCUUCCAUUCACAACAAUCCUCCAUGGUUGACGCUAGGGCAUCGAUUUGAUUAGAAUUUCAUCUGCAAGGAUUUCUUCUGGUCAGAUCACAAGAUCACAGUGUUAUGGAGACUGGUAAAUUAUCUAAUGCAUCAAUUGCCUUAAUACUUGAGGACAUUAUGCACAACUACAGGUUCGAAACAAUGUGUAUUCUUUACCUAAUAGCUGCAAGGACUCGUAGCAGAGCGCGUAGUCGACGAGCAGCGGCUAGACAACCAUUCACCAUAAUAAGUCGGAUGCCAAAUCAAGUUAAUCACAUGGAUAGGUUAGUAGGAGCCACAGAUGUCGAUUGUGUGAACAACCUCCGAAUGGACCGUAACACAUUUGGGAGGUUAUGUCAGUUACUUAGACAUAUAGGAGGUCUUACGGAUGGGAAAUAUGUUGUUGUGGAGGAGCAAGUAGCUAUAUUCUUAAGUAUCUUAGCACACCAUAAAAAGAAUAGGAUUGUUAAAUUUGAUUUUUUGAGAUCGGGACAGACAAUAUCUCACUAUGUACAUCGUGUUCUACAUGCGAUUUUAAAGAUGCACACCCUUUUUUUGGUGAAGCCUGACCCAAUAACCGAUGAUUGCCUUGAUCCACGAUGGAAGUGGUUUAAGGGUUGUCUGGGAGCCCUUGAUGGGACGUAUAUCAACAUGCUUGUGCCAAAUGCAGACAAGCCAAGGUAUCGGACACGGAAGGGACAAAUAUCGACAAACACAUUGGCUGUGUGUGAUCGAUAUAUGAGGUUUGUUUAUGUUUUACCGGGAUGGGAAGGCUCGGCUGCAGAUUCUAGAGUACUUCGUGACGCAGUCAAUCGGGUUCAUGGAUUGCGAGUACCAAGAGGGAAUUAUUACUUGUGCGACAAUGGGUACGCAAACUGCGAUGGAUUCUUGACUCCAUACAAAGCUGUACGUUACCAUUUAAAGGAUUGGGGCCCUAUUGCAGAAAUGCCUCAGAACCCAAAGGAAAUUUUUAACAUGAGACACACCAGAGCACGUAAUGUGAUUGAGAGAGCCUUUGCUGUACUAAAAAUGCGUUGGGCAAUUCUGCGUAGUGCAGCAUUCUACCCGGUUAAAGUCCAAAUUCGAUUAAUUAUGGCCUGUUUUUUGCUUCAUAAUUUUAUUCGCUCUGAGAUGACAUCUGAUCCAAUAGAGCAAGAAAUAGAUGGUGUUGAAGGUGAUGAGGAUGCUGAACAUGAUGACGAAGGGAUAGAAUUUGUGGAUGGUGUAGAACCUUCAACGGAGUGGAACCAAAAACGUGAAGAAAUGGCGCAAGUCAUGUGGGACCAGAGACAAGGUGUUGGAGCAUGAUGACACUAUGUUGGUGCUGGAUUGCAGUUGCGGAGGGGAAAAUGUCUUUAGUGUGUGAGCAAGGCUGCACAAUCAUGGUGCAAUGACUCUAGAAAAAAUUUGAAGUCCAACUAGUUCUAAUUUUCAUAGCUAUUGUGCUUGAAUUAUUUAGAUUUGCAAUAGGUAGUGGAACUGGUAUCUAGUAUUAUUAUUUCUCCUUUUUUAUAUUUAUGUUUUGGUGAACAAGUUGAACAUGAUAUGCAUGAUGGUUAUUAUUUCUC